AUGAUAGAACCUGCGAAAGGUAAUUCCACUUUUGUUCAAGAUGGUUAUAAAUUAUAGGUGUCAUAAUUAUCAUUAUUUCAACAAAAAUUACUACAUGAUUUUACUUUUUCAAAAAUUUAAAGUUAUUAUCUACUCUACUUACUUUAUUUAUAAAGAAUAAAAUAAAAAUAAUAACUUUUUAUCACUUCAUUAAUAAAAGAAAUCUGUCAAUUUAUUUCCAGAAUAGUUUUUCUUAAAGUAGAUAAUAAUUCAUAAGAGUUUCUCUUGAGGAAAUUGACAGAUUUUUCAUAGCAAUGUAUAAAAAAUAAAAUUAAUGGAUAAUUAACAAUAUAUUCUAAAAAAUUCAUCUUUUAUGUUAUUCAAAUUCAAAAUGCUCUGUUAAUCCAAUAGAUUUUAUUUUCAGGAAAAUUCUGUUUAGAUCUUCAAAUUUAUCGAUUAUUUUAUGAUGAAAAUAGUCUCUAAAUAAACAUUAAUAAAUGUUAUAAGAUUCUAAUCAGCCUCAAUUACAAUAAAAAAUCUCACUCGAUACCUAAAUCCAAGUUUUGUUUUAAUGUGUUGUUGAAAGAAAGCACUUUUUCCUAAAUAGCAAAUAUCAUUUAGUAUUAACAAAUCAAAGUUUAAUACUUUGUGAAGUAUGAAUACUAGUAAUGAUUAGAAGCAAAGUUAACAGAAUCCAAAAUAUAGAUAUUCACUUAGUUUAGAUAAAAUUUUCAGUUGGAUAGUAAAAGAAAAUAAAAUUAUUGGAUUUUAACUUCCUUAUGAAAAUAAAAUAAAAGAUUUCUAUGGUAAUCACAAUGAUUUACUAAAUCUAAAGAUAAUAAUGGGAGGCUUUGUUUGUUAUGAGAAAAUUGAUAAGUUCUAUAAAAAAGAUGAAAUAAUUUAAUCUGGUUCAUUUGGUAAUGUUACAAAAGAAACAUGCAGAUUUACUUAAAAAGCAGUUGCUAUAAAAAAUAUUAAAUUAGAAAACAAUGAUGUUCCUACAAUAAAAAAUGAAAUUAUCAUUUUAAAAAAGCUUAAAGAUUCUAAAAAUAUCUUAAAAUUAUAAGAAAUAUUUAGAGACGAUAAUAAUUUUUAUAUAGUAACAGAAUAUAUUCCUGGUUCAAAUCUCAAACAAAUUAUGGAAUAUAAGCAAAAACCCUUCUAAAUCAAAGAAUCUUUAAAAAUAAUGGAAGUAAUAAUUAUUUAAAUAUAUAUUUAUAGUAAAUUUUAUUAGGAUUACAAAGCAUUCACUAGGCUGGUAUUAUUCAUAGAGAUCUUAAACCAGCUAAUUUAAUGUAUCAUAAAAAUUAAAUAAAAAUUAUUGACUUUGGUUUAGCUUGUUUAAAUGGUAAUUAACUUUAAUAAUAUCCAACAUGUGGUACUGCUGGAUAUUCAGCUCCUGAAGUACUUAAUGCUUGGAAUAAAAAAUUUAAAUAUGAUUAUAAAGUUGAUUUAUUUAGUAUUGGGUGUAUCUUUUAUUAAUUAUUGACUUUGUAAUGUUUAUUUUAAGGGGAAAAUUAAAAAGAGACCAUUUAUUAAAAUAAAUAAUGCUAAUACACUAUUAAAGAAAUUGGUCCACCAUUUGAUUUAGUUAAAUUAUUUAUAUAGCCUGAUCCUAAAGAAAGGAUAGAUGUUACCUAAGCUCUCGAAGCAAUUUAAAUGUUAUAAGAGUAUAAAACCUUUGACAUUAAUUUUUGGUUUCAUCAUAGACUCAAAUAGUCAACUAAGGGAAAAUCAAAUUGUGAAUUUAAUUUUGAAAAUAAAAAUAAAUUAGAUCGACAAUUCAGUAUUACAAGUCUCAAAACAAAUAAUACAGAAAAAAAUAAAAUUAUAAACAACUAAUGA